CACACACACACACACACUCCCUCCCUCACUCUCUGUGGACGCUGCGAUGCAUGCAUCUGGAUGGAGCACGAUGCCACGACGGAGGCCAUAGUUAAGUAGCUCCAGCCGAAAACUGGCGAAGGCAUCGCCGAUGUUAAAGCCACGUGUCCUCGUAAUGGGAUUCCAAUCUCUGGGUUCGACCCACACUCCGGCUUCCUGUUCAGGCGCGCGGGUUCACCACUGCGCGGGCACGUUUGCGCUGAACGCGCUCCACUUUCGGAAAGGGGCUCCCGGUGCUCCCGUGGCAGUUUAAUAAUAAGCCUAGAAAAACGCACAAACGGAUUCACUCUUAUCAGGACAACAGAUAUUGAAGUUUUUGGAGGACUGCUGGAAAUCUGCAGCUUCUGGAAAUGUUUGACUGAACCCUGGCGAUGCGCUUAGUUAGGGGUUACCGCUGCGGUUCUCUUAACCGAAGGCACGCUCCUUCGCCUGGCUUCUGACGCCGCGCAGACCAGAUCCCACCCUUACCAGGGAGCGCCGAACUAAUAUGCAAUGUUAUUCUGUGCUGAAAGCCCUCGCGUCGCACCGUGAUCAGGCCACACACCCACGCCCGCGCGACAAAUGCGAUCGAAAAAGUGUAUUCGGGUUACGGACAAGCCGGGAAGGCUACGCCGCUGUUAACGAGUCGGAUGUGAACCCAAGCGCCAUCCUAAAGUGGCACGCAAUAUUUCUACACUUGAAUGAAGACGCAGACGAGCCGGGGAAUCACACGGUGAUUUCUAUGGUACAAGUAGCAUUCUCGUGCGACAGAACUGAUCCAGCAGGGCUAUUAUGCAACCGCAAAGAUCCCUUCCCUAUGAGGGUGCCUAGGCUGCUGGACUGCUCUUCGCCCAAAUCAAUGUGGUUUCUUUGGAACAUUUUCAGCAAAGGAUCGCAUAUGCUGCAGUGUCUUUGUGGCAAGAGUCUUAAGAAAAACAAGAACCCAAGUGAUCCCCAGCUCAAGGGCAUUGUAACCAGGUUAUAUUGCAGGCAAGGUUACUACUUGCAGAUGAGCCCAGAUGGAUGUUUGGAUGGAACCAAAGAUGACAGCACUAACUCCUCACUGUUCAACCUCAUCCCAGUGGGCCUUCGAAUCGUUGCUAUCCAGUCGGUGAAGACAGGUUUAUACAUUGCUAUGAAUGCAGAGGGCCAUCUGUACACAUCAGAGCUCUUCACACCAGAAUGCAAGUUCAAAGAGUCGGUUUUUGAGAACUACUACGUCAUUUAUUCAUCCAUGCUCUACAGACAGCAGGAGUCAGGACGAGCCUGGUUCCUGGGCUUAAAUAAAGAGGGUCAGCCGAUGAAGGGGAACCGGGUGAAAAAGACAAAACCAGCUGCACACUUUAUACCCAAGCCUAUAGAAGUCGCCAUGUAUCGGGAGCCCUCCUUGCACGACGUUGGUGAAGCAGUCCCAAAGGCUGGAGUUCCUCCCAGCAAAAGAACAGAUCCAGUGGUCAUGAAUGGUGGCAAGCCUGUCAGCAAGCCUGACAAGGAAACAUAGCCCUUUUUCCCUUCCUCUCCUCUUCGAAGGGACUCUCCACAUAUGCUAGUUUUUAAAAAAGAAAUAAUGCACACAUUUGUGUCUUCAGCUUGUGAAAGGAAAAAUGGAAAAAAAAGAAAUAAAUCUCCCUCCUGUAGCGUUUGUCCGCUGGAACAGAUGAAUCAUGGGAUGGUUAUGGUCAAAGGACAAGAUUAUAUUGGUGAUUAUGGUUGAAGGACAAGAUUAUAUUGCUCUAAAAGAAAAGUAGAGCUCUGACUGAGGAGGGAAAGGGGGGAACUUGAAUGCUCAGCAUUGAGAGACUGGAUUGUCAUUGGAUUGUCCUAUGCGAUAUGGAACAUCUUUUCAAAAGUCACUUUUCUUUCCAUUCUGCCUUUAUUCCUGUGACAAUCCUCUGUGGAAAUGUCAUAUUUUCAUGCCUUUUCUGGUAGCUUUCCCUCACGAUAGCUACUGAAGGUUUUUCAGUUAGACCUUUCAUGUUAUUGUGGUUUUGCAGAAUUACCACAGUGCACCAGCAUUUGUCUUGAUUGAUCACUGUACAGAUGCUAAUUAAAUCUGUUGCUGUUGUUGUUUUUUUUGUUUGUUUUUUGUUUUUCUUGGCCCGUUUAUUUGUUCGUUCUUUUCUAAAACAUUUUUCCAUUUAGACUGUCGUGAGAGGUGCACAUAAACGAAAUGGAGACAAUAUGAGGAAACUUGCUACAUCAUAUAAAACAGAUGUGUUUAAGAUACAGUAAAAUGUAGAGACAGUACGGAGUUGCCAAAUUAGUUAGAGAACUGGUGCUUGGGUUCAUUUCUACCUUUUAAUUAUUAUCGCUCAUAUGACUGGCUAACAGAAUAGCACUGAAUUGCACUAGGUUUUAAUCUGUGAACAGUUAAGAGAUAUGGCAUUGAUAAUCAUGCCUCUGGGCAUUCAGGGUGGACAUAAUCCCUCACGGGGGAAGAGUAUACAUAUCACAAAUACCCUCAAUAUGCCUCUGCUCACUUCCCUGACUCUUAGAUAACAGCUUUUUAAAAAUAUUAUUGUCAACAUACUUUUCAGCCUCUAUGUUGUUAUUAUUAUUAUUAUUAUUAUUAUUAUUAUUAUUAUUAUUAUUAUUAUUAUUAGCCCUGAAGCCCAUGACCAAUGACAGAAACUGUUCAUGAAUAAUGAUGGGAAUGUUGAUGCCUGAGUGUGUCCUGAUGCUGUCACACAGGUCAUGGCCACAUUAUAAAAUGGUCAGAUGUAUUGUUAUUCCCUUUGCCAUUUAUAGUAGCAAAAGAGGUAUGUUGUUGGUAUGUAGGUGGACAAAAUACCAUGUUUAUUACUAUCAUGCAGUGUUUUGUUUUUUUUCUCUUAGGAUUAAAAUCAUGCCUGAAUACACA